AUGUCGUGCACCGAACCGACUGCGACGCACUACGUCAAGGAGGCCGGUGCGCUCGAGCCGGCCAUCCAGGUCGACCAGAACGGCCUCGUUCUCGGUCAAUGGAAGAGCGGCAUCUGCGACUGUCUCGACGACCUGUGGCCCAAUGCGUGCAUGGCGUGCUUCUUUCCCUGCGUCGGCCUGGCUCAAGUCGCCCACCGCGUUGGGUUUGCAGCGUACAGCGGCGCUCUUUUGGGCUUUGGUCUGGUGUUUACCCUCCAUCUCGCGACUUCAUGGAUCACGAGUGGCCUCGGGUGGUCCUACGACAGCGCUUGGGCCAUCGUCGAGUACUCUUGUUUGGUCAUCUGCGCCAUCUGCGUCAUGCUCGUGCGCGCCGACGUCCGCAAGAAGCUCUCGAUUCCAGGCUCGUACGUUGAAGAUUUUGUCUGCGGCCUUUGCUGCAACUGCUGUGCGAUCGCUCAAAUGGCAACGCAAACCAACACGUACGAGCCGACGGUCUGCGACUUUGGUCCGAAGGACACGUUGCCAGGAUACGCCUCGAUGGCGUAA